CCUCUCGCUCGAAUCCUCUCCAGCUAUGCCUCUUCUAACUCAUAUUGCUCCCCCAAAAGUGCUUGCUUCCGAGAAGCUCUCACCAGACGGUCUUGCACUGCUUCGCAGCGGGGUGGAAGUGCACGAAAAGAAGGGUCUCAGUCAUGAAGAACUGCUGACUAUCAUCCCCGAAUAUGAAGCCCUGCUGGUGCGAUCAGAGACCAAGGUCACCGCCUCGUUACUUCAAGCUGCAAAGCGACUGAAGGUGGUGGCUCGUGCUGGGGUUGGAGUCGACAAUAUCGAUGUCGAAGCUGCCACCAAGUUAGGGAUUGUGGUCGUCAACUCUCCGUCUGGAAACAUUGGAGCGGCCGCCGAGCAUACCAUCGCUCUGAUGAUGUCUAUGGCGAGGAACAUCCCCGAGGCCUGUAAGAGUCUCAAGGAUGCCAAAUGGGAGAGAAGUAAAUUUGUCGGUGUGGAAGUCAAAGGACGAACGCUGGGUAUCAUCGGUCUGGGAAAAGUGGGCUUAAUUGUUGCCCGAUCUGCAAAAGGCCUAGGCAUGAACGUAGUUGCUGUAGACCCUUACGCAUCGCAAGCGGUCGCCUCAUCGGCAUCAGUCACGUUGAUCCCGUCCCUAUCAGAAAUGCUCCCAAAGGUUGAUUUUCUGACGAUUCACACUCCAUUGAUCGCAUCUACAAAGGGCAUGAUCUCAACCAACGAACUGUCGAAGAUGAAGCCUGGUGCCAGGAUCCUAAAUGUCGCUCGAGGAGGAACAAUUGACGAAGUAGCUUUGCUGGCCGCUCUCGAAUCAGGGCACAUUGCUGGUGCUGCUAUUGACGUUUUUACAAGUGAACCUCCAACAGAGGGCUCCAGCGCCGCAAAACUUAUUGCUCAUCCGAAAGUGGUGGCAACGCCUCACCUGGGUGCCUCGACCGUGGAGGCCCAGGAAAACGUCUCUAUCGACGUUUGCGAGCAAGUCUUGCAUGUUCUCCAAGGAUCCUUGCCACGCAGUGCAGUCAAUGCUCCUUUGAUUUUACCGGAAGAAUAUGUGAAGCUUCAGCCAUUCGUACAAUUGAUCGAAAAAUUGGGUAGUUUAUACACCCAGCACUACACUUCCACUAGUGGCUCUCUAAACCGUAAUACCUUUGACCUAGUUUACCAGGGAGAAAUAGCCGGUCUCAACAAUACCAAGCCACUAUUCGCGGCACUUAUCAAAGGGUUGACAAUGCCAAUUAGCAGCUCAGCCGGGCCCAAUGUGAAUAUUGUGAACGCAGAACUGAUCGCCAAAGAGCGCGGUAUAGUCGUGAACGAACGUCACUCACGCGACCCAUCGAGCCACUCCUACUCCUCUUUAGUAACCUUGGUGGCACGACCUCCGUCACGAACUUCAUCGCGUGCGCCGCCGGGGGCGGCCACUCAGCCGUCGAACGGUCCCCAAGUGCCUCAACUGCGCCAACAACAAGUGAUAUCCGGUACUUGCUCCGGAAGCCAACCAUUGAUAACCAGGCUCGAUCGGUUCGAGACAUCUUUUAUUCCGGAGGGUACCUUGCUUAUUUGCCACAACUAUGAUUCACCGGGUAAGAUUGGCGUAGUCGGCAGCAUUCUCGGGCGGAAGAAGGUGAAUAUUAACUUCAUGGGCGUGGCUCCGGUGUCCAACAAGCUACCUGAAGGCGAAGAUGGUGAAGACGUCAACGCCGACAAAGACGCGGACUCUCUCAACGAGGCACUAAUGAUACUUGGUAUCGACCGCGUUGUUGACCCAGACGUCCUUGAUGCGCUUGUGGGAGAAGGUGGCGUCCUAAGUGGCAGAGUUGUCACUUUAUAGAGUAGCACGUCUCGUCUAGCAAUCGUAGAUAGCAUUUAUCUCGGCAGUAUAGAAUACAAUAAAC